UCACCCAAACUAAAUCCUCCACAAAUUCCAACGUAUCUUAACUGAAGUGUAAGGGAAGGGAAAAGGGAACGGGGGAGAUUGUAUAAGGAGAGAGAGCAAGCAAAUAUGCUAGUGAAGAUCCCGGCAAAACAAACCAGCUGGAAACAUGAAAGUGACCAUUCCCGUCAAUUCACAGAACGCAGAAGUGAAGCGUUAAUGAAACUCGUGACGGAAUCGACGAAAGUCACUUUCACGUUAUAAUUGUUGGAGGCAGGAAAACAGACGUGAAGGGGCGCGCACUUCCAGAAAGGAACACGACUAGAUAAUGUAUAUAGGAUGUCUGGAAUAGUAUAUAUAUGUGUGUUGGUAUUUUAGGGCCUUUUGGAGAUCCGUUGAAAGUCGUAAAAAUGCAGAAACGGAAUGCCGUUUGAGAGGUGGUCUGAGGAGGUAGAGAGAAAAAUUCUUCUAUGACGACGUUGAUGCUGUGGGAGGAAAAGGGCGGUUCCGGAGGUUCGAACCCGGGGCGUGGUGAUAACCAGGAGGUGAUGAAGAAGGCAAAGAUGAGCGGUGGAGCGCAGAAGAAGCCGCCGCAGAGAGGGCUUGGAGUGGCUCAGCUUGAGCGGCUGAGGUUACAGGAGCAGAAGAAGAGGUUGCAUGAAGAUACGUUAAUGGCGGCCGUAAGUAGCAACAAUCGUGUGUCGGUGAUGCAGCCCUAUUUGCCGUCGUUUGGAUAUGGAAGGCCAGGGGCUUUUUCUUUUCUCAGGCAUCAUCAUCAUCAUCAUCAUCAUCCCAAACAAUUGUCUGCGUCUUCUCCGAAUAGGAGUAUGUUUGGUUUGCAGCAGGUCGGGGGUUCUAAUCACGGGAGAGGUCUUUUAGGCGCUGACAGUGCGGCUCAAUUGGCGCCUUCUUAUUCUUCGGUGCUCCAGAAAUAUAGAUUUUGCCUUUCGGAGGAACAGCCUUUCAUGGCCGGCGCCAGCGGGGUUAGUAGCAACAGUACUAAUGUUGUUAGUAAUCAGCAUCAUCUGUCUGAAAUGUAUGGAGAUUUUGAGGACGGCGGCAGGUUUAGGGGGUUGAUGUCGAAUAAUAUUUAUCCCUAUGGUGGCCGUCCCCUCCAUAAGGAGGCAAAGCCGCCUUGUAACUUCGUCUAUGACGGUCAAUGUGAUGGAAAGCCUCCCUGCGGACCAUUUCUGCAGAGUGUUCCGGUAUCAAAGGUUGGCGUUCCGCUCACAGUUGAGCAGUCGAAGGAGCUCUCUUCUUUCCAAAAUUUCCAUGAUCAUUCCAACUGGUUUGACCCUGCCGGGAUCAAGAAUAAUCCAUGGUCAAUGGAGCCGAGGCAAAAAAAUGCGCACAAUUUAACGUCCGCGUUAGACCUCAAACUGACCCCCGGGGAAAACAAUGUCGGGACUGACAAUAGUAAUGCCGAUAGGCCGGGGUUUCUAAAUCUCCUCAGCGGCCGUCCUUCCAAUAUUCUGCGAAAUCCUUGCAGAAGAAGCGGAAAAGGCCCCGCAUUCUAUUCAGAACAUUUGAAGUCUUACCAGGAUUUCCUUGCCGAGAACAAAAACAAGGAAAAAAGUCGCAAAAGACAGCGAAGCGAAGAAGACCUGCACGUCAUGGGUUCGAAACAUGGCGCCGACCUCCUCGCUUUGAAGCUUUCCACUACGUCUGCCAGCGCUCCCGAUUCUCGAGGAAACAGCUUAGCGGAGACGGACAAUAAUUCCGACGAUACCGUAUGCGAGAUCCAUGGCGGUUUGCAGGGAGAAAUAGGUGAGGAGAAGAAUGAUGUGGAUGUCCGUACUUUGAUGUUUAUGCCAGCAUUAGGAGCAUUUGAAAAAGAUGAGUUAACAAAUAGGGAGUGCCCAUCACUGUUGGAGAUAAGCAGCAAUAGUGCAUCAGCUGCUGCUUCUACAGAUGCAGAAGUUUGCCAUUCCUCAUCUGCUUUAGAUCUAUCCUUAAAAUUAGCAAUCUAAUUGCUAUAAAAAGUGUAAUCUUGCUACAUUUUGUUUUUGGAAAUUUCUUGCUCUAAUGUAAUAUUCAGCUAUCUGGCAAGAACAAACGUUAUUCUAACCCUUUUUUGUAAACAAUUAUCCACGCUCAUUGCUUGACGCAAUGAUACUUAUGAUGAUAUAAUUAAAUCAAGUUUCUUUCUGUUUAGAUAAUUGACUCGUUCUCAAAUUCAUUGAUAUCUUUCAAGUCAUGAUUAAGGAAGAUUACUUUCAGA